AUGGAGAAAGCAAGUGCAUUCCUCCGCCAUCCUCCUCCUCGUAAGGGAAAACUCAUCACUAUCCUAAGCAUUGAUGGAGGUGGAGUCAAAGGGAUUAUCCCCGGAACUAUUCUCGCUGCCCUAGAGAAGAUGCUUCAGGAAGAGGAGGGCAAUUCAUAUGCAAGACUGGCCGAUUAUUUUGAUAUGAUUGCAGGGACGAGCACCGGCGGACUUGUGACUGCCAUGCUCACUGCUCCUGAUGAAAACAACCGCCCCUUGUUUAGUGCAGACCAGAUUGGCCCUUUUUAUCUUUCAAAUUGUCCCAAGAUCUUCCCAUUAGAAAACAUAAAAACAGUCCUUUCAUAUCUCCGGGAAUUGCCGCCACUGCGGGGACCGAAAUAUUCUGCGACUGCGUUGCUGGAUAUAGUCGAGGCAAAAUUAAGUGCCAUACGGUUGAACCAGACAUUAACCAACGUUGUAAUCCCGAGUUAUGAUAUAAAACUGCUCCAUCCAGCCAUAUUCUCAAGCUACGAGUUGAAACGGAAUUCAAACAAGGAGACAGAUCCGGCUAAACUCUCUGAUAUCUGCAUGGCAACUUCAGCAGCACCAGUCUAUUUUCCUGCUCACAAAUUUAGAACCAAUACUAGGGAAUACAAUGUCGUUGAUGGCGGAGUGGCUGCUAAUAAUCCGAGUUUGGUUGCUAUAACUGAAGUGAUAAAAAAAAUCAAGAACCAAAAUCCCGACUUCAGAAAGGAUCGGGCGGCUGAUCAGGGCAAUCGGUUCCUACUGAUAUCGUUGGGUACUGGUGAACCAAAGGAAAAGUGUUCAUACAGCUCUGACGAUGCAGCUAAAUGGGGUAUUGGUGGAUGGUUGAUCCAUGUGACUAAGGGCUUUCCAUCUACUUGUCCAUUGAUAGAUGUAUUCACUGAAGCAAGUAGUGCUAUGGUCGAUUGCCAACUUAUUACCCUUUUCGAAUCUCUUUGGUCCGAUGGAAAUUACCUUUGGAUUCAGGAAGAUGAACUGCCUAUAGACAUGACCUCUAUGCACAAUGCUACUGAAGAAAACCUGAAUAAGCUUGUGAAAGCUGGGAAGGAGCUGUUAGGUAAACCGGUUGCAAAGAUGAAUACAUCAACCGGUCGCCGUGAGCCUGUUGAACCCAAGAUCACAAAUGAGAAGGCUCUCCGAGAUAUGGCGGUAGCUCUCGUUGAGGAGAGGAAGAGACGUCAUAGCGACGACCAUGGUCACCACAAGGAUAUUGAAGCCUAA